CGAAAAGGUUUCAGUGAGGGGAAACGUGCUGGUGGGCGGGGGUGCGCAGCCCAAGCAAGCCGGUGGUACCAGUUAGGGCUCUUCGGCGUCUGCUUUCGCGACGAGACAGCGGCCAUGCUGUGCUAUGUGACCAGGCCAGACGCAGUGGUGAUGGAGGUGGAGGUAGAGGCUAAGGCCAACGGCGAAGAUUGCCUCAACCAGGUUUGCAGGCGGUUGGGGAUUAUAGAAGUCGAUUACUUUGGACUCCAGUUCACAGGUAACAAAGGAGAAAAUUUGUGGUUGAAUUUGCGAAACAGAAUAUCCCAGCAAAUGGAUGGUCUACCUCCUUAUAGAUUGAAGCUGCGUGUCAAAUUCUUUGUGGAGCCACAUCUGAUCUUGCAAGAGCAGACAAGGCACAUGUUCUUCUUGCAUAUAGAGGAGGAUCUUCUGGCUGGUAAUCUUCAGUGUUCUUCUGAGCAUGCAAUUGAACUUAGUGCACUGCUUGCCCAGUUGAAGUUUGGUGAUUAUAAUCAAAAUACUGCCAAAUACCACUAUGAAGAGCUCUGUGCAAGGGAGCUUACAACUGCUAUUUUGGACAGUAUUACAGCAAAGCAUAAAGAACUUGAAGGCCUCAGCCAAGCUUCAACAGAAUAUCAAGUUUUACAGAUAGUGUCAACACUGGAGAAUUAUGGGAUAGAAUGGCAUUCUGUCAGAGACAGUGAAGGGCAAAAACUUUUUAUUGGUGUAGGCCCUGAAGGUAUUGCCAUAUGUAAAGAUGAUUUCAUUCCUAUCAACAGAAUUGCAUAUCCAGUUGUUCAGAUGGCAACACAGUCUGGGAAGAAUGUGUAUUUGACUGUGACAAAGGAGUCUGGCAAUAGUAUAGUUCACCUUUUCAAGAUGAUCAGCACUAGAGCAGCUAGUGGACUGUACAGAGCAAUAACAGAAACACAUGCAUUUUACAGGUGUGACACUGUUACUAGUGCUGUUAUGAUGCAAUACAGUCGAGACUUAAAGGGACAUCUAGCAUCUCUGUUCCUGAAUGAGAAUAUUAAUCUUGGCAAAAAGUAUGUAUUUGAUAUUAAGCGGACUUCUAAGGAAGCUUAUGAUCAUGCAAGGCGGGCCCUUUAUAAUGCUGGUAUUGUGGAUCUAGUUUCAAAAAGUGACCAGAGCCCUCCCAGUUCUCCCCUGAAGUCUUCAGAAAGCAGUAUGAACUGUGAAACCUGUGAGGGGCUCAGCUGCCAGCAGACGAAAGCUCUUCAAGAAAAGUUACGGAAGCUUAAAGAAUCCUUGCUGUGCAUGGUGUGCUGCGAAGAAGAAAUAAAUUCAACAUUUUGUCCAUGUGGUCACACUGUCUGCUGUGAGUCAUGUGCUGCACAGUUACAGUCAUGUCCAGUUUGCAGGUCUCAAGUGGAGCAUGUACAACAUGUAUAUUUGCCAACUCACACAAGUCUUCUUAAUCUGACAGUAAUAUGACCUUCAUGUUAUUGCUGGAAACUAUACAUCAUACAAGCUUCUAAACUGCCCUGUACUUCCAGACUGCACUAAUGUUCACUCCAACUCUGUCAGCGGUAAAGGAGAGCAGUCGUUUCAGCAUCUCCUUGCAACUUAUACACAGAAAGCUGUUAAGGAACAGUGGGGAGGGUGAGCAGAAUGGGGAGCAAGUUUUGUUCAAAUUGUUUGAGAAUAUGUUUUAGCGGGGUGUACUGUGAAUGUCUUAUGGACAACCUCAUGUCACCUGAAACAACAUUUCUAAAAUGGCAAUAUUCUGAAAAUUUGAAGAGGAGAUGGAAAGUUUCUCUGUAGUAUCCAGCAGGGGCAGCCCAGCUUCUUUUAUGCAUUUUAUAAAGAUUUUAUUUUUAAGUACUUUAUUUAGCAUGUUCACUCCAUUUACCUUUUGCGGAAAAUAGUUUUUAAUACCUACAACUGUUGUAGAAUGGUAAUUUAGUUUUUUCCAUUUAGUCCUUGAAGUAAGACAUUAUUUUUAAGUUGAUUUAUUUAAGAACCUAAGAUUGCAAAGCUUUAAACAAAUAGCUGUGUUUGUUUCAGCAAAAAUAGAAUACAUUACUCACAAAUUACUAUCAACAUUUGAAUAUGUUUUAUAACCUCUUGGACAUCUGAGAGAAAUCUGAAGAAAUUUAAGAAUUGUUAAUUUGAACAUCUGUAGAAACAUUUUUCUUUUUCAAGAAUAUCAGUUCCUGUUUAUUUGCCUUGUAUUUAGAGAAACAUUUCCUUGACCAGUAUAAUCUUUGUAUAGUUUUCUAAGAUGCAUUUGUGACAAAUGACUUUGUAAAAACCAUCUUACCUUUGACCACAAACCCUAUUCCUGGGCAUUUUGGACUUUGGUCAACUAGUUGAAUGCUUCAGAAUAUUGAAAACUAAAUGGCCGUGUUUGGGUGCAAUACUAGCUGAAACAAAAGCUAGAAAAGUCACUUUACUGAGACUUUCUGAAUAUGCUUUUCAUAUUGCCUUAAUGUAGCAGUAAUGUGUGUAUGCAUUUGUUUCUUUGCACAGACAUUUUGUCAAAAUAUUAAAACUCUACUUUUUUAUGGCACAUUAGCAUAUAAAUCUUAUGCCAGAAGGUAUUUAUUUUUUCACUUUGUAAAGUUUUGUUUCCACAUGAAACAAGAGCUCCUGUAUGGUAGAAAACUUGUCUUUUUAUAUAUGCAGGUUAUUAAAGGACUUUUAAAUAGAA